GGACAUUAUAGAAAUAAAUAGUAAAAAGAACCUGGUAUGAAAAUAAUUCUGUUUUGGUUUUGCUCAUCUCCCCAAAACAAGAGCUGAACUUCAUGAGCUAAUUGCUUCUGAGAGAGAUCUGAGCCUGAUAGUGCCUUCUUUUAAUGCUGUUUUACUGCCUGGUUCUCUUUCAUGGUUGUAUGUAGACAUAUUCCAUGCAGUAGAGACAGAUUUAAAUAUGGUUGCAAAAACCACAUUUUCUACAUGCCAUAUCUGUAUGUGCACAUACCUAUAAGUGCUAUGUUUGGGUAGAUAAUGUGAGCUGUUCACUCCUCAGCAAUAGUUCUCAUACGGCCUUGGAUGUUUGAACUUGUUUUGAGAGCAUGACUGUUUUCUAGGACACCUAAGAUUAUCCUUUUACAAUAAAUCUCAUGGAAUCUUAAACCUGAGUGGCAUCAAGAGGUUGGGAAAAACUAGCUCUAACCAUGCAGCAACUUCCUAGUGUUGAAUCUCCUUUUUUGUGUUGUUAUUCAGACUGAGCCCAAGUGUUCACAUGUGAGACUUUUGAACUCAUGACCUGGCUUAGAGAAAUGGAAGAGUUGGCUAGAGAAAGCAUCGGCUUGCUGGACAAGCCACCUCUGGAGUCAGGUAGCCCAAACUUAUCCUCUGUUGGGGCUGUCUUUAUUAUGCUGAAAUCAUCUCUUGGAGCAGGACUGCUUAAUUUCCCCUGGGCUUUCAAUAAGGCUGGAGGGAUCACUACAGCUGUUCUUGUGGAACUGGGCUCCUUAAUAUUCCUAAUUAGCGGUUUGGUGAUCCUGGGAUAUGCCUCGUCCAUCAGCACCCAGUCCACAUACCAGGGCGUAGUCAGAGAAAUCUGUGGAUCCGCCAUUGGGAAGCUCUGUGAGAUCUGCUUCAUUUUAAAUCUCUUCAUGAUUUCUGUAGCUUUUCUCAGAGUUGUGGGUGAUCAGCUGGAAAAAAUAUGUGACUCCCUCUACCCGAACGUAACUCUGAGUGGCGAAGGGCCUUCUCCUCCCCAGCACUGGUAUAUGGAUUAUCGCUUCACCCUGACUGCCCUGUGUGUCCUCGUCAUCUUCCCUCUGUCUGUUCCCAAGGAGAUUGCAUUCCAGAAAUACACCAGUAUUUUAGGCACCUUGGCUGCUUGCUAUCUGACCCUGGUUAUUAUAAUAAAAUACUACCUAAGAACGGACCGCGUUACCAUGCAUGAGCACCAUUAUUCCACAAGGGUGUCUUCCCUGGCUUCCAUGUUCAGUGUCAUCCCAACAAUAUGUUUUGGAUUUCAGUGUCAUGAAGCCUGCAUUGCCAUUUACAGCAGUAUGCAUAACAAGAAGCUCUCCCUUUGGAUCAUGGUGUCUGGGCUGUCCAUGCUCUUCUGCCUGUUAAUUUAUUCUCUUACAGGGCUUUAUGGCUAUUUAACCUUUGGUGCUGAUGUUGCUGCUGAUAUCCUGAUGUCAUACCCAGGAAAUGAUGUGGUCAUCACCAUAGCCCGAUUACUGUUUGGCAUCUCCAUCAUUACCAUCUAUCCAAUUGUGCUGCUGCUGGGAAGAUCUGUCCUACAGGAUGCCUGCUGGAAUGACAAGUGCAGGUCUGUCAUGCUCAUGGAGCCUUAUGAGAGGUGGACAAGGAUCAUGCUGACUAUCACGUGGAUCAUAGUGACGCUUGUUAUUGCUCUGUUUGUCCCUGACAUCAGCGAGGUCAUCGGUAUUAUUGGUGGCAUCAGCGCGUUCUUCAUCUUCAUCUUUCCAGGGCUAUGUCUAUUGUGUGCAAUGGAAACUGAACCCAUCGAACCAAGAAAAAAGUCGUGUUUGAUUGCAUGGGGUGUUAUCUCUAUCUUCUGUGGAGCUUUUGUCUUUGGCCAGAGCACAACCAUUGCUGUCAUGGAGCUGGUCUACAGAUUUUAGCUGUUAACAGGUACCCAACAGACCUCAGCAAGCUGCAUACAAUUUGAUCCCCUACAAUAUUACACCCCCAGGCAGCCAUGUUUGCAAAGAACAAUGCAUCUUCCUGGAGGACAGCAUGGUUUCCAAAUGACUGAGGGUGGAAGAGGUGCUUUCUCAGCCUUUUCUUGUUUAUGUUCACUUCAGCUUUUUUAAAAAAUAAAGAUUUAUUUACAGAGUUUCAACUGUUUGCUAAA